GCUUCUCAGAUCGAGGCGCAUUGACGUCAAUCGUUGUUUGUGAUUGGUCAUAACCUUUUCCGGUGAGGCAUCCAUCCAUCCAAGGACUGUGGGAAAGCCUGUGUAAACGGAGUAAAACACGUCGACAAAUUCAUCGAAGCGUCUCAGGUCAGCAGGUCACCAUGGCGUCCAGCAGUACGAGCAGCGAAGAAGAGAGGAGCUUGCGGGAGUGUGAGCGCUACGUGCAGAAGCACAACAUCCAGCAACUGCUGAAGGAAUGCAUUGUGCAGCUGUGCACUGUCAGGCCUGAAAGGCCAAUGCUUUUCCUCAAAGAGUGCUUCGAGAGGCUUGAGAAGGAGGAAGCUAAACAGAUCAGCAGCCAGCAGAAGUCAAGCUCUCGCUCAGACUCCCGAGAAGAUGAGGUCUCUCCUCCCAUGAAUCCUGUGGUUAAGGGUCGACGGCGCCGCGGUGCCAUCAGCGCAGAGGUCUACACUGAGGAAGAUGCAGCUUCUUAUGUUAGAAAGGUUAUUCCUAAAGACUAUAAAACGAUGGCUGCCCUGGCUAAAGCGAUUGAAAAGAAUGUGCUUUUUGCCCAUCUUGAUGACAAUGAAAGAAGUGACAUAUUUGACGCUAUGUUCUCAGUCACCUACAUUGCAGGAGAGACUGUCAUUCAACAAGGGGAUGAGGGUGACAAUUUUUAUGUUAUUGAUCAAGGUGAAAUGGAUGUGUACGUCAACAAUGAGUGGGUGACCAGUAUUGGAGAGGGUGGCAGUUUUGGUGAGCUGGCUUUAAUCUACGGCACGCCCAGAGCAGCCACUGUCAGAGCAAAGACCAAUGUCAAGCUAUGGGGAAUUGACAGAGACAGCUACAGGAGAAUACUCAUGGGAAGUACUCUAAGAAAGAGAAAAAUGUAUGAGGAAUUCCUUAGCAAGGUUUCCAUUUUGGAGUCUCUGGAUAAAUGGGAACGGUUGACGGUUGCUGACGCCCUCGAGACAGUCCAGUUUGAAGAUGGCCAGAAGAUUGUUGUGCAGGGUCAACCAGGAGAUGAGUUUUUCAUUAUCCUUGAGGGCUCGGCAGCAGUCCUGCAGCGGCGGUCGGAGAAUGAGGAAUUUGUGGAGGUCGGAAGACUCGCACCAUCUGACUACUUCGGUGAGAUCGCUCUGCUAAUGAACCGGCCUCGUGCCGCCACCGUGGUCGCUCGCGGCCCUCUGAAGUGCGUAAAACUUGACCGUCCCAGGUUCGAACGUGUGCUCGGUCCCUGCUCAGAUAUCCUGAAGAGGAACAUACAGCAGUACAACAGCUUUGUGUCUCUGUCGGUCUGAGGCGCACUAGGCUCUUUCCUCCUUAAUUGCAGGGUCCACCAAUGCAAAUUUGCUUUAUUUUCUUACUUUUCUUUACGCGGUUUCCAACACCCAGGUGCCCAUUCACUUCAGUGUUCUCUUUAUCUCUGUUUUUUUUUUUUUUUUUUUCGAUUUGUGCCGUACCAUGUCGCAUUUGUAUCCAUCCUAGAUUUACCAUAAGGCUGAUUGUUAGUUUUGCCUGAGAAACGAGCCAAUCAUUGUGCCACAGAUGCCUGUCACGUGAACAGAUGUUGAAAUAACAAGGUCUAUCGGGAUUUUCUCUUGCAUCCAAAUUGCUUCAUGUUUCUGUAUAACAGUGUUUAGAAUGAAAGGAAAACAGUGGCCGGACUGAUAUACUCAUGUAGUGUAUUUACUCAGUAUAUAAGGAUGUAUCUUAAUUGAGCCAUCAAGUUUUAGAUUCAGUUUUCCCUCGUCAUUUCAAGCGUUUGAAUACAGGGAAGCCAAAGGCAUAAAUCCAUGUGUGUUAUAUUGUUUUCUUGGGGGUACUGAAGUUAAAAUGCCACCGUGUUUAUCAUGGUGAUCAGCUUUUUCUCUUUUAUUGUUAUAGCUGCACAUAUAUAGUGUAUGUAAAAGAUUAUAUAUUAGAAGUAAAUGACCAUAACCAUAUUUUUUUGCACAGUUUGAUAUCUAUAUAUACGUAUAUAUAUAAAAAACACUUUAUAUGCGCCUGCUGUUUUUCAUUGUGGCAUUUGAUCCUAUUGCAUUGGGCUUUUUUUCACUUUCUGAUAGACAUUUUGUUGUCCUUUCAUCCUUAAUGCUAUACACAAAAGCUUGCUCUGGACUCUUAUGUAGAGUAGACUAGGAUUAGUCAAAUCUCCUUUUAAAGUUAGUUUUUUUUAUUUUGUUUGUUUUGUUUCACAUUUUCUCCCUUCUGAAAUGCCACAUGCUGCAAAUGCUUUAAUUUGUUUGUUUCCCCCACCAAAGGUGAAGUAAUCUUAUUUUAUUCAGCAUUGUGUUUAUGGCGGAUAUAAAUACAGAAAAGAGGUUAUAUUUGUUUGUUUUGUUUAAAUGUUAAGAAGAGUUACAGAAAUGUAAUGGUUAAUGAAAUCUGAAGCUUUGUUGAGUAUAUGAGGAUCCUCCUCAACAGGAAGUGACUACUAGGUGACCUCCUUGACCCGCUGAGAUCCCAAUAGGUUUUCUUUCUCAAUGAGUGUAUGUGAACUGCUUCGAAAUCCCAAAUGUCUUCUUUUUUUUUUUUUUUUAACUGAAGCAAUGUGGUUGAUAAACAGGGCAGGUCUAAGAAAAAUUGUUUUCAAAUAAUCAGUGUCGAUUUUUAGAUUAUUCGCCUUACCUAUAUAGUUAAAUCGAAGUCUUAAAACAGGGACAGUAUUUGCCACUUGUGUUGAGUUCAUGGUGUCUCUAUGCCAUUAGGGUUGGGAUCCAUCAAAUGUUUGGAAAUAGAUCCACUACUGCCACCACCUUAAUCUCCUAUCAGAUAUUGUUCUUGAGAGUUCUCUGAGUUGUGUUUUACUGGGUGGUACAAUAGUGUUAACAGUUGCUGAAGGUAGAUUUUAAUUGUUAUCGCACAGAGAUACUCUUGUAUUAUUUGGAAACACUGCUUGUGUUAUGUAAUUAUACAGAUAUCCAGCUCAUUUGUACAACAGACUCAUGUUAUUGAAAGCAAAUUUGGGUUUUGAAAAGUGCCUGAUUUCUUUACUUUCAUAAUGCAAAGCCAAUAGACAUUGUCUUGUAGUUCUUUUCCACCUAAUAUAUUCAUAUAUAUUCUAUGCUUGUCAUCUGUAUUAUUUGUAAACUGCAAUGUUUUAUUUCAUCUGUAUAUCCGUAUCCUCUUAGCAGUGUAAUUUAUUCAGACUUAAAGCUCCAGUAAUUAAGAGUUUGCACAGAACUGUCCCAAAAUUACUAUGUUAAUUAAAGAAAGAUACCCUAUAUUUAGUGUGUUUUUAUCCUCGAUAUCUGACUCUGUCCUACUGACCACAUGGGAGUUUUUUUUUUUUUUUUUCGUUUUACUCUGACACUUGAUUUGAGAGCCUUACAGCAUGUCAGUGCAGGUGUGUAGGAAAAUAAGAUGUUUUCUGACAUUCACAGAUUUCUGCCCCUCCAGAGUAGACUCUAGAAUCAGUCAAAUCUUGGUGCUGUAGCUUUAAAAACACAGAAUUUGCACCCUUAAUUACAGGGGAUUACAAAUAGCCUUUUGAUUAACCGUUCCACUGUCUUUUCAAUGAGUGGUUUAUGCCUUAUGAUGGGGUUGGAUAAAUGAACAUGUUGAAAUUAUAUAUUAUUAAUAUGAGUCCUCAAUGUUUAACUGUGACACCCAAUGAUAGGCAAAGAAUUGCUGAAUAGUCUACUUGUAAAUGCUCAUAUAUGCAUUGGUCUGUUUAUUUAACUUCAUUUGAUGACAAAUGACAAAAAGUAACCAUAAAUCUUUCCCCUGAUUUCUGUAAAAUGCAUCAUUGAUGUCUGUUGUAUUUCCCUUUAUGAGUGGAUUAAAUGAUUUUGUUCCACUGCAAAUUUUCUGCUUACCUUUUAUUAUGAUUUUUUUUUUUUUUUUACAACUUCAGUACUAUUUCUUGAAGAUCUUUCAGUGGUACACUGGAAAUGUGUUUGUAUUAGCUCCCUCUUCCCCCCCUUUUUUUUGUAGCUUGCUUUUCAUUCCCUGGUUGUGACUGCCAAUGGUGUUUUCUUCUGGAGUUUUCAGUAAAAUUGUGUUCUAGUAUGUACACAGGAAUUGAUAUUUGCUCAUAAGCUUUGCCAUCAGGGCGUUAGAGACUCCCAUGCACCCAUUCUUCAGUUUAAGCCCUCAACACAGAGAGCUGUAAAAUGUCGAGGGACCAUUUUUCUAUUAUUCUUUUUGUAUAACUAUACGGUUUGAUUUCAUUGGAUGUGCUCAAGUUGUAAACCUUUUGGUAUAGAUUGUCCCAAUGGCAGGUCAAGCAAUAAAAUGAUUAAUUCUUGAA